GUGCGUUGUGUUUGCUCUGCUGAUGAGUUCUCGUGGUUCCCAAACGCUCUGGCGACGUAACGUUUGACGACGAUGUUAAAUGCAGUAUUCGUUGUGAAAUCACCAGAAAGCUAACUACAACAGUAUUUUCUCGUGUUAUGAAGGAUUUAUAGAAGCAAUUGAAAGCGACUUUUUCUGUCUCGUAUAGUUUAAAGUUGGAUUAUUAUUCUUUGUCUUUGAAAUCAAAAUUUCUUUGUUUCACUCAAAUAACAGCUUCCUUCGAUGAGUUUUGUAUGUGUUCUUAGCAUGCACGAAGUUGCUUGGGAUACUGAAAGACACACUGCAGUGGAAAAGAAUGUUAAACUGGGCAAAACGACGAACGAUAUUUCUCCUGUAACGACUAAUGGCUACGACUUACCCAGUGUGAAUGGUGUGAAUGGAGAGGUUGCAAGUUAUUUGUUUGAAAGGCAAGGUGUCGCUACCAGCUUUACUAAAAGCGUUACGAUGGAUGAGAGUUCAUUUGCUGGCAAACACUGGGCUGUGAACGACAAAGCUGAAAAUACCAACAAUAAUGUUGCCAGUCUGGAAGAGGAUUUUCAAGGAAUAAGCCUUGACAAUGAUCAAGAGCAAAGCUCAAGCAUGCAAGAGAUUGCAUCUCAAGCAAAGAAUCUUUGGCCAGAAGAUGACAAUGAUGAUGACAGAAAUGGCAUUUUUCAUGGUGAACCAUGGGACUCAAAUACAUUAUUACCUUCAAUGCCUCGUGUAACAUCAGAGCAUGCAGUCUCACAACCCAUCAACAUGGCUAGGUCAAUGAAUAUUCGUAACUACAAUGGUGUUGAUCAACAUGGUGUCUUAUCUCCAAGAUCUACUGAUGGUGUUGGUAUGAGUGUUGCUGAGUUUGUUCUUGCUUCAUCUCCUGUUGUCGAUAUUGAUGCCCAAAUAUCAAAAAUGAAAGCAAGAAUGAAUCAACCUGAAAAAGAAGAGAAAGAGUUAAAAAUACCCAUAUCAAAUCAGAAAGAACAUGCAUUUGAGGAUGAAAAUGCCGAGGAAGUGAGAAAUACUCUGAAAAGAGAACAGUCAGACAAAUCACCUCAAACUGUUCAGGGGGUGCUACCCGACGAGAAACCAUCGCAUAGUUUCAGUCGCACACCAGGAAGUCGACAGUCAUCACCUGCUGAGCUGCAGGCUUAUGUUGACACCACACAAGCUAACCAAGUAACCACUACAAAGCCAACUACACCUGUUAAACAACGACUGACAAACCCUGUGGAUGCAGACCCAAUUAUGAUGGAUCCUUUGGAUAAUAGCCACUUUGACAACUUCUCCGUCAAUUAUGCAAACACAUCGCAGAAUGAUCUUUUUGUUGGUGGAUCAUCUUACUUUAAUGGACAUCCAUCAGUACAAGUUGUCACUGCAUCACAGCGAUCUCAACAGCAGAUGUCAAUGGCUGCACAACAACAGCAACAGCAGCAACAGAUAAACAUGCAAUCGGCAGCCGCACCAUAUCCUGGCAACUCAUACUUUAUUACAGCUUCUGCAACACCUGACCCUUAUGGUGGUGGUGUGCCUAUGGCUUCAAUGACAAACCCUGGUCAAGCCCAACAGGUGGUACCACAUCCACAAUAUCCAGCAACAUACAAUGUGCCUUGGGGUGUAUACCAAACAUCUAAUGCUGGACAGUUUGUACAACAGCAACCAGUUUUGAGAACCAGCUCAACUGGUCGUCCUACUGGCAGUGAAAUAAUGUCGCAACAGCAGAAUACACUCUCACUUGGUAAUUACCAACUUCUUGCUGCUCCUGGUGCUUCAUUAAACCUUGGAAAUGCAUAUUAUGAUCAAUCGGGAAAUGUCGUUGUUGGCACACCACAGGGUCUCACUCCUGCACAAUUAAACCAAUCAGUUCGCAUGAUUCAACCUUUGAUGAUAAACGACAUCAGUCAGGCAAGUGGACGUGUUGCCAACACUACCAACGGUCUGAGAAUGUUUGCUCAACCACCGGGACAACAACAGAUGAAUGCUAUAGGUAGUCAAGGCUCUCUAGGUUACCUUCCACAAAACUCAGCUACGAGUUCUAUGUCUGGCUUGCAGAUUGGCAGUGGUGGAGUACUUGGUAGUGUAGGUGGGUCUUCAGGAACUUUGGGGACCAUAGGAGGUAAUGCAGGACAAGAUGGACUAAUGAGUGAUCUUAAUAGACGUCAACCUAUUCCCAUGUAUGGUACCUCAAACUCCAUUGGUGGUUUAUCAAUGAACUCUCAACAACCAACUUUGGGUAUUCCUGAAUUACAGACACCUCCCUUAAGUGGUGGCUUCCAUGUUGGCAGUCCAAUUGGGAGCAGCAUAUCGCAGUAUCUUCCAUCUGCUGCGCCAGGGGCUGGUGACCGUAAAUAUACGAAUGCACUUAACGGUCUGUCAAAUGCUGGUUUGUACAGCGGUAGUCCGUUGUCCUCGAGCUCUUUCCGUAGCAGUCGUCUGAAGGAGUCGAACCGCAGUCGACUGUUAGAGGAUUUCCGUAACAAUCGCUUUCCAAACAUCCAACUUCGUGAUCUUGCCAAUCAUAUUGUUGAGUUCUCUCAAGACCAGCAUGGAUCUCGUUUUAUACAACAGAAACUGGAGCGUGCUUCUCCCAGUGAGAAACAGAUGGUUUUUAACGAGAUUCUUCCUGCUGCAUACAGUCUGAUGACGGAUGUUUUCGGAAAUUACGUCAUUCAGAAAUUCUUCGAGUUUGGUAAUCGUGACCAGAAACAACAUCUUGCAAACUGCAUUCAAGGUCACGUGUUACCACUUGCCUUGCAAAUGUACGGAUGCCGUGUCAUACAGAAAGCUCUUGAGUGUAUACCAUGUGAUCAACAGAAAGAAUUAGUUCGAGAAUUAGAUGGUUAUGUUUUAAAAUGCGUCAAAGAUCAAAAUGGUAAUCACGUGGUUCAGAAAUGCAUCGAAUGUGUUGAUCCUGGUUAUCUACAUUUCAUUAUUAUCGCUUUUAAAGGACAGGUUGUUGCAUUAUCGACGCAUCCUUAUGGUUGCCGUGUAAUUCAACGUAUUCUUGAGCAUUGCAAUCCUGAGCAGACAAUGCCGAUUCUUGUCGAGCUUCAUGAUAACAUUGAACGUCUGGUGCAGGAUCAAUAUGGUAAUUACGUCAUACAGCAUGUUCUGGAGCAUGGUACCUAUGACGACAAGAGUAAAAUUGUGAUGCAGCUCAAGGGAAGUAUCGUAAUGUUGAGUCAGCAUAAAUUUGCAAGCAAUGUUGUUGAGAAGUGCAUAUCGCACGCGUCACGACCUGACCGAGCAAUACUUAUCGAGGAAGUUUGUAAUAGCACUGACGGACCACAAAGUGGCUUAUUUAGCAUGAUGAAAGAUCAGUUUGCAAAUUAUGUUGUGCAAAAAAUGAUCGAUGUUGCUGAGGCCCCGCAACGGAAACUUCUCAUUCUCAAAAUAAGACCGUAUGUUGCUACGCUCAAGAAAUACACGUACGGAAAACACAUACUGGCGAAACUCGAGAAAUACAUGAUCAAACCCAGCUUGGAUUACUCGCCAUUUGGCACGACGCUGCUAUGACGUCACCCUCGGGAGGGCCUCGGGAAGUUGAUAAUUUCCACCCCCUAAAAGUCGAUCAUUGCUCAGCAAAUGAUCUUCACUGUGUCCUGAAGCGAAUGUAGCUGUAGGAUAUUUUAUGACUUGACACAGUUUUUAUUGCGUCUAUAUUGAAUAAUGCCUGUCUUGCGUAUCUAAAAAUUAUGUUCACAUAUUAUGAAAUCUAUGUUUGUAUCUGGUGUGCACGUGGGAUGAUUAUAGCUUUUAAACCCUUCGAUUAAAAUCUCACCCAUCUUUGAAAAUUUGUACCUAUAGUGUAAGAAUGUAAAAAUAAUGCCUGCCCCAUGUAUAGAAUAAUAUUAUGUAGUUAGCGUGUAUCUCUUCAGUUAAGGAAGCGAAAAUCUUUGGUUUCAAAAUUAGAAAAUAGCACAUUGUGCUCGUGAUUUUGUUCUCGUGGUCUUGAAGUGGACACACGUGAUGUACACGGGGUAAACUCGUGAUGUAAAAAUAUUUUCACGCGAAAUGAUUUUAUAACAUUAGAAUUUAAGGUAUUUUUACUUCGGUGAUGUUUAUAACAAAUGAAAAUAAAAAAAGGUUUUCUCAAACCGGUAAAAACAUAGUAUAUUUUUGUAAUAUUUUCUUUUUGCUUCUGUUAGUUGGAAAGAACAUAGCGCUAAGUAUUCAAAAUGAUUGCCAAAGAUUUUUUAAGCCUUGAGAGUAGAGUUGAUCCAACUCAUCUUACGAGUUAUUUGAUUGCAAUGUUUUUCCCUUGCUAAACUGUAAAAGUGUGGAUUGUUAAUAUUACACCCUGUCGAUGAAAACUUUAUGAAAAAAAAAUUAAAUUUGUACAAACGAUGUACAUUUGUGCAUAACUUAGGACUUGUAUGCUUAUGAACAUCUAUGUAAACUAUGUAUUCAAUUGUGUAGAGAUUUAAAAACUGGCUACUUGUACAGAGCGAUGUAAUAGACACUCAUCACACACAAAAAAUGUCUCAUAAAGUGAUUCUCAGUACAUGAAGAUUUAUUGAAUUUGCUGCAUGACCAUAAGCAGAUUCAUCAAAAUACUGUACUAUUCAAUGUGUUGCUGGGUGUCUAUAAAAUUCGUGUUUCUGUAGUUACGGGGGAUUUUUGUAAUAAAUUUCAUGAUAGAAUAAACCCUGUUCAUAUGUUAAAUUGAUGAAAUGGUAAAUAUGAUGAUGUAAAACAAUGUGAAUAUCGAUAAAUUCUGUAAAACCUUGA